CAUCUUUUGUCUGGAAAUUCCAGGAGGUUUUGGCUGUCCUCACGCUGCUCUUCAGAUCCUGGGUUUGGAUUGUGAGUCCCUGAAGCUAGUAAGGGAAGGAGAAUGUAGAGCCAAGCCACAACCGUACUCUCCUUAAUCCACUCCAUUCUCUUUUCUCCCAGCUAUGCUGCCAGAGUGCGCUAUGGGUUUACAAGAGCAACAAAAGAUGAAUAAAUCUCUGGAGUUGGUAUCAUUUGAGGAUGUGGCUGUGGACUUCACGUGGGAGGAAUGGCAGGACCUGAAUGAUGCUCAGAGGACUUUGUACAGGGAUGUGAUGCUGGAGACCUACAGCAACCUGGUGUCACUGAAACACUGCAUUAACAAAGCCGAGGUGACUGUCAAGUUAGAAGAAGGAGCAGAGCCAUGGACAAUAGAGUGCCCAAAUUUUCUCAUUUCAGAUGUCCAGAUAGAUGAUGACCUUGAGGAGAGGAACCAAAGUCAUGGUAGAUGCUUGCAGCAAAUUGUAGUCACCAACGGCAACACAUCAGCUGAGGAGAGAGUCGUGUUAGGAAAAUCAUUUUAUUUGAGUUCAUACCUUGUUUUAAAUCUGAUUAUAAAUAAUGGAAAGUAUUCAGGAAAGGGACAUGAGGAGUUAUACAUAUGUCAGAAUGCACUUCUUCCUAGAGAGCCUGAUGCGAUGCCUGCUGGAGAGAAACCUGAUGACCGUCAUAUAACUGAAAAAUUGCCCAGACAUCAUGAGCAUCUUAGUCAGCAUCCCAAUAUUCAAACUGGGAAGCACCUUUUAGAAUACAGUGGAAAAGGGAAAUUCUCCAUCACUGAGCCAACAAUAUUUACAGAUAAAAAGAUUCAUAUCGAUGAGACCACCUGGAAGUAUAAUGAAUAUGGGAAAGGCUGUGGUAAGGCAGCUGCCAUUGUCCAAGAAAUAAAUCACAUAGAAAGGAAAACUUUUCAGUGUGGUAUACAUGGGAAGAUGUUCUGUAAAAAGUCUGAAUUCAGUAAACGUCAGAUUAUGCACACAGGUGAGAAACACUAUAAAUAUACUGAAUGUGAGAAAACUUGUAUUAAGAAAUUGUACCUUACCUCACAUCAGAGAACACAUAUACAGGAGAAGCUUUACGGUUGUAAUGAACAGGAGAAAAUUUUUUGUCAGAAGUCAGACCUUACAAUGCAUCAGGGAACUCACACAGGAGAAAUGUACUAUGGAAGUAUUAACUAUGGGAAAAUCUUCUGUAAGAAUUCACUCCUCAGCCAUCCUGAGAGGAUUCAAACAGGUGAAAUACCAGAUGGAUGUAAUGAAUGUAAAAAAUCUUUCUACCAUGAAUCUGCACUCUCUGUAUAUCAGAGAGUGCACACAAGUGAGAAGCCAUAUAAAGAAUACAAAAAUACUUUUCACAGUAAUAGGUGUGGUAAAACAUUUCUUGAAAAGUCAAACUGCAGCAGUCAUCAGAGAAUUUGCACAGGUGAGAAACCAUGUGAAUGUGGAAAAACUUUUAACCAAAAGUCAAGCCUCAGCAUUCAUCCCAGAACUCACAGAGGUGAGAAACCAUACGAAUGUAAGGAAAGCAGAAAAGCUUUAAACCAAAAGUCAGAUUUCAGUGGUAAUAAAAGAAUUGACACACAUGAGAAACCAUAUGAAUGUAUACAAUGUGGAAAAACUUUUAACUAUAAGUCACAGCUCUGCAUCCAUCAGAGGACUCACACAGGUGAGAAACCAUAUGAAUGUAAAGAAUGUGGAAAAACUUUUAACCAAAAGUCAAAGCUCAGCAUUCAUCAGAGAAAUCACACAGGUGAGAAACCAUAUGAAUGUAAAGAAUGUGGAAAAACUUUUAACCAAAAGUCAAAGCUCAGCAUUCAUCAGAGAAAUCACACAGGUGAGAAACCAUAUGAAUGUAAAGAAUGUGGAAAAACUUUUAACCAAAAGUCAAAGCUCAGCAUUCAUCAGAGAAAUCACACAGGUGAGAAACCAUAUGAAUGUAGAGAAUGUGGAAAAGCUUUUAAACAAAAGCCACACCUUAGGAACCAUCAGAGAAACCACACAGGUGAGAAACCAUAUGAAUGUAGAGAAUGUGGAAAAGCUUGUAAACAAAAGCCACACCUUAGGAACCAUCAGAGAAACCACACAGGUGAGAAACCAUAUGAAUGUAGAGAAUGUGGAAAAACUUUUAAACAAAAGUCACACCUCAGCAUUCAUCAGAGAACUCACACAAGUGAGAAACCAUAUGAAUGUAGAGAAUGUGGAAAGACUUUUAAGCAAAAGCCACACCUUAGGAGGCAUCAGAGAAGUCACACAGGUGAGAAACCAUAUGUAUGUAAAGAAUGUGGAAAAACUUUUAAGCAACAGUCAAGACUCAGUAAUCAUCAGAGAAUUCACACCGAGAGACGAUAUGAAUGUACAGAAUGUGGAAGAACUUUUAAUCGAAAGUCACACCUUAGCAGGCAUCAGAGAAUUCACACUGAUGAGAGACGAUAUGAAUGUACAGAAUGUGGAAAAACUUUUCAUCGAAAAUCACACCUUAGCAGGCAUCAGAGAAUUCACACUGGUGAGAAACCAUAUGAACAUUAAGAACAUGGAAAAGAUUGUAGUGAAAAGUUAUACUUCAGUAUUCAUCAGAGAAGUCACAGAAGUGGGAAACCAUAUGAAUGUAAAGACUGUGGGAAAGCUUUUACCCGAAAGUCACACCUCAGCAUUCAUCAGAGAAGUCACACAGAUGGGAAACCAUAUGAAUGUAAAGACUGUGGGAAAGCUUUUGCCCACAAGUCAGACAUCAGGAAACAUGAGAGAAUUCACACAGCUGAGAAACAAUAAGAAUGUAGAGAAUGUGAAAAAACUAGGGAAAAGUCAAACCUCAGAAUUCAUCAAAGAAGCCACAUGGUUAGAAAACAUGAAUGUAAAGAUGGAAAACCUUUUAGGAAAAAGUCAAAUCUCAGCAUUAUCAGAGAAAUCACACAGUUGAGAAACCAUAUGAAUGUAGAGAAUGGAAAAACUUUUAAUCAAAAGUUACACCAUAGCAGGCAUCAGAGAAUUCAAACAGGUGAGAAACCAUGUUGUGGGGGUGCUCCUGGGGUCCUCCUGCAGACCCAGAAGGAGAAGGAAAUUCACAUCAAGAAGAAGCCCUAUAAAUGCACAACUGUCCCUUGGUAUUGGAGAGUGGUUCCUGGAGCCCCUGUUGAUGAAAACACUUGCAAAUGA